AUGUCUACAGAGGUAGAUUGGCAAUUUCAAUGUUCUCGCACAACUUGCUUACCAUUUGCCACUGUCAAUGUAUCGAACAUUGAAAACUGUCAAGUGGCUUGUUUAGCUCAAGUUGAUUGCCAGGCACUUACUUUUUUUCGAUCAUCUUUUGGUUGUGAAUUGUUUGCUAAUAUAUCAAACCAAAAUAACAAUCUAACAGCUAAUAUGGACACUGUUACUAUGAUUGCCAUAGAUGGAACAAGAAUUCCGUUAGAACCGACUACAACAACAACUAUGACAACAUCAACGACUACGACAACAACAAUCAAUCCAUGUACAUUAAGUACUUAUCGAUGGAAUACAACAGGUAUUACUAUACUGAAUUCAUCACAAAUGACAUUUAUAGAAGACAUAUAUUUCGACUCAAAUGACACUUUGUAUAUAUCGGAUGAAUAUAAUAAUCAUGUUGUAUGGAAGUUACUGAAAAAUGCAACAACUGCGACUAUUAUAGCUGGACAAUCAGGCUCACCUGGCUCGAGUGCCAGUCAAUUGUGUAAUCCUCAAGGCGUUUAUCUUGAUUCGAAAAACAACAUGUACGUAGCCGAUUAUAACAAUGCAAGAAUACAAAAAUAUGUAAAUGGAUCAACUGUUGGAAUUACGAUUGCUGGAAUAAAUUCAUCAGCAGGUUCAGCAUUAAACAAGUUAAAUGUUCCUCGAGAUAUAGUGAUUGACUCAACAGACACAUAUGUGUAUAUUGCAGAUUAUAGUAAUAAUCGAAUUAUACGUUUUCAGACGAAUUCAACUACAGGUACUAAUGGAGAAGUUGUUGCUGGAGGCGCCGGGGCUGGAAAUACAAUUACGCAAUUGAAUCAGCCUUGGGGAAUUCAUUAUCUACCAACAAUAAGUAAUUAUUUGUAUAUAACCAACUGCGGUGGCCAUUCAGUUAUGCGAUGGAUACCAGGAAAUUCAUCAGGUGAAUUUAUUGCUGGUACUCCAGGUACAGCAGGAUCCACUGCUACAACUUUAUCAAGUCCCACAGCUAUUAAACUUGAUAGUUAUUUGAAUUUGUUUGUUGUUGAGUAUGGAAAUCAUCGAGUGCAAAUGUUCUGUCAAAAUAAUCAGACUGGUAUUACGAUUGCCGGUACUGGGAUUAGUGGUAGUAGUGCAGCACAACUUAACGGACCAAAAGGUAUUGCAUUCGAUUCAUCAAUGAACUUGUACGUGGCUGAUACAGGCAACAACAGAGUGCAAAAAUUUGUCAAACUCUAA